AUGAGCUACGUCACCCGCCGAGCGCUUUCUACGCUCAUCCCUCCCAAGAUUGCCUCCCCUAAGGCAAUUGGUGCUGCUCCCGAUGCUCUGCGCAUGCAGCGUGUCGUGAGCUUCUACGAGAAGCUCCCCCGGGGUGCCGCUCCCGAGAUCAAGGGCAAGGGUCUUCUCGGCCGCUACCAGGCCAAGUACUUUGGCAAGAACCCAUCUGCUACGCCUAUUGUGCACGCCCUGCUUUUCCUCAUCGGCAUUGGCUACGCCCAGAACUAUUACUUCCACCUGCGCCACCACAAGAACAAUGCGCACUAA